AUGCAGCCGGAGAGCAUGAGACACUCGCUCGGAUGCAACUCGGAUAAACCCGAGACGGACUUAACCUCCAACUUGCGACCGUCCGCUGUCAAUCCACGCGCACGACGUACUCUGACAUCUGAUAAAUCACGACAAGAAUCAAAAAUCUGUGAGUCGUAUCUUGCGAUUGGCGGGUGCACGUUCACAAUCAAAGAUUCUUCCGUCAAAUCGCCCGCUCCAUCGAGCGCAACCCCUCCAGCCACUGCGACCCAUUCUAGACAUCCUAGUGCUCUCACUGGUCAGGGUGUGUCGAUCAAGGAUGGUGUAUCUGUACCACGGAGUAGUGCUAGUGCCGUCAAGCAAGGUUCAUCGGUUACCUUUGGAUCGAUAGACAACGCGUCAUCGACGCCCAUCUCCUCCUCCCCCGCCAGUAUACCGGCCAUCAAUGCCGAAACCGUAAAAUCGUUUGGCACGGUUCCCGCGUCGCCGUCAACGACACAGGCGAAUGGCAAGUCGCCAGUAGGGUCCGUACGGACGGCGGCGAACGGCUCGUCAGGCGCGACCCACGCGUCAAAGCCCAUCAGCAAGGCCAACAUAUCCAAACUGUUCUAA